AUGGGGGGAGCAGGACAGGAGGGGCCGUGCCGGGCUGGGAGGGCAGGGGGGGCAGGAGGAGCCCAGGGUCCUGGCUGGGCCCCGUGUCGCCCCCUCCCCUCAGACCCGCUGCGCCCUCCAGUCGUCGCCACCAUGCGGGACCUGCAGAAGAGGGAGAAGCUGGAGCAGGCAGCGGGCGGCCUGGGCAGGACCCUCAGCAUCCGGCGCCUGGACGUCUGCAGCGACGCCUCGGUGGCCGAGUGCCUGGGCGGUCUCCCCGAGCGCCGGGUCGACGUGCUGGUGAGAGUGAACAACGCGGGCGUGGGGCACAUCGGGCCCAUCGAGAGCAUCAGCAUCGCGGAGAUGAAACGCGUCUUCGAGACCAACUUCUUUGGGGCUGUGCGCAUGGUGCAGGCCGUGCUGCCCGACAUGAAGCGGCGCCGGAGCGGCCACAUCGUGGUGAUGAGCAGCGUGAUGGGGCUGCAGGGCAUCGUGUUUAACGACGUCUACGCGGCCUCCAAGUUCGCCAUGGAGGGUUUCUGCGAGAGCCUGGCCGUGCAGCUGCUCCAGUUCCACGUCUUCGUGUCCCUGGUGGAGCCGGGCCCGGUGAACACGGACUUCGAGCUGAAACUGAUGGAGGACGUGUCCCGCUCCGAGUUCCCCGGCACCGACCCGGCCACGCUGCGCUACUUCCAGGAGGUGUAUCUGCCGGCCUCCCGCGAGAUCUUCUCCACCAUGGGCCAGAGCCCCGAGGCCGUGGCCAAGGCCGUGGUGCAGGUGAUCGGCGCGGGUCGCCCCCCCUUCCGCACACUGACCAACCCGCUGUACACGCCGCUGACGGCGCUGAAGUACGCCGACCCCUCGGGGGAGCUGUCCGUGCGCACCUACCACAACCUGCUCUUCAACUACGGCGCGCUCUUCCACCUCAGCAUGCGGGCCCUGCGCUGCCUGACCUGCCAGUGCUUCCGCCGCAGGGUCGCCCCGGCCUGA